AUGUCUCACCUCCUGUCCUUUCUGCACUACCUUCCAACCACUUCCCCCACCUUCCCUCCUUACUGCUUCCUUCUCUCCUCUCCCCUUCCCAUCGACACCCUACAAUUCCCUCCACCUCAUCCCACUUCCAUCCGCUACCGUCCCCUCCCCUUUCUAAACUAUUCCCGUCCCGUCCAUUCCCACCUCCCGUCCCCCUUUCCCGUGCUCCCACUAUCCUCACUUCCCUGCAUGGCCUGUGCUCUCUCCUCUCAUCCUAUCACCUCCCUUCCUUCUUUCCUUCCCUGCCUGUUUCCUCUCUUCCCUGUCUUCCCAUUCUCUCCCCACUCCCCUCUCCCCCACACUUCCCUCUAUCCCAUUUUCCCUCUCUCCCCUGUUCCCUUUAUCCCCUCCUCCCUCUCUCUCACAUGUCCCUCUAUCCUCCCAACCCUCUAUCCCCUUCUCCCUCUCUUCCAUCUUCCCUCACUCCCGUCUUCCCUGUUUUUCCUGUGCCAUGAUUCCCCUCUUCCCUUUCCCCCCUCCCUUCCCUUCCCUCCGUCGUCCCUAUCCAGACUCUUAUUCUGUCUCCUCCUCCUUAUGGCGACCUCUCUCACCCUCCCCUCCCUCCCUCUGCUAGUCCUUCAGCUUGCGCCUGAUGGCAGCGUAGUCAACUUCCCCAGUUGGCUAAACUGUCUUGAGCGCAUGCUGUCUGGCACCCUCGUGAGUGGCUUUAACCUCUGGUUUGUCACUCAGCAGAGUGGUUUUGGCGCCAUUCCUAAACCUGCCUCUGCACCUACCUCUACCUCCUCUGACCCCUAUACUGAUGGCCUUUGUGCUGCUAUCGCUGAAACUGAGCGGAUUGCGGCCACGGCCCAAGCCACUGCUGCGGCUGCUCCUGACAAUGCUGCAGCGCGUGACCUUGCUCGUGUUCUUGCUGAGUCCCUCGAGAGCACCCGCAAGCGCCUCACUGAAAACCUUGCUGCCCGCCCUCCUCGCUCUGCCUCUACGCUCUCUGCUUCUGCUCCAUCUCACUCUGACCUUCUCGCUGACUGGCAUGUUGCUAACGCACCUGCCUGCCAGGUCAUCCUUGCCUGCCUACCUCCAACCCUUCUCCCUCACUGCUCUCACAUCCGCUAUGCCAAGGACCUUCUCGGCUAUCUUACCGAGCGCUUCUAG